UAUUAUUCUACUUCAUAGAUGAAGGAUCUGAGGCUGAGCGUGAUUUGGCAACAUGCCCAAGGGCACACACAGCGUUGCUGGGACUUGGACUUGCUGGGGACAUCAACCAGGGACAGAGGACCAUGUGGCUGCCUCUGGCUCUGCUCCUCUUCGGCCUCCCAGGCUGUUUGUCCCUGAGGGGCCCCAGGUUUGUGACGGGUAUCGCAGGCAGCUCCCUGACCAUCCGGUGUUGGUACGAGCAGAGCUACAAGGACCAUAACAAGUACUGGUGCCGAGGACAGCAUGACAUAGAUUGUGACAAGAUUGUGGAAACCAAGGGAGAAGAGAGAGAAGAGAGGAAUGGCCGUGUGUCCAUCAGAGACAACGCAGAUGCCCUCGUGCUCACAGUGACCGUGAGGGACCUCCAUGCCGCCGACGCUGGGUCCUACUGGUGUAAAAUCCAGACAACGUGGAUUUUUGACGCGUGGUCACGUGACCCCUCGUUCCAGGUGCAGGUGUCUGUUUCCCCAGCACCUACUACGACCCCAAGACCGUCCACGUUCCCAGCGACGGUCGCCAGGCGGAACUUCAGCACCAACCAGCUGAUUUCCCCCUGCCCAGGGGUUCCGCUCAGCAUCAUGCUCUUCCUGAUCCUGGUCUUCCUGAAGGUGCUGCUGCUCCUGAGCAUGCUCGGGGCCGUCCUCUGCAUGAGCAGGCGUCAGGCGGGCCCUGGAGGGAGACGCAAUAUUGUAAAGUAA